UUAGAGACUUGCGAGAUUGAAUCGGCAUUUUAAAUAGCCUUGUUAUUACUCGCUGCAUCAAGGAGCACAGAGCCAAGCUAUGCGGACAGCCAUGGAGCACCAUUGCUCCAUCCUACUCGUAGCCUCCCUCCUCCUUGCAUCUCCAGCAUGGACAUCGGCCUCCGCGGGAAGUGACGGCACCGGCGCUGACCACCGUGCGCUCAUGCAGUUCCGGUCCCUCAUCACGGACGACCCAUACAGGGCCUUGGCAUCAUGGGGCGCCGGCAACAUGACCGCGCCGGCGCCGUGCGGGUGGCACGGCGUCACGUGCGGGGUGCGCGGGCGCCGCCGCAGCCGCGUGACAGCGCUGGACCUCCACGGGCUCGGCCUGGCCAGCUCCGGCACCGCGGCUCCUUCAUCCCUCUCGGGCCUCACCUACCUCCGGCGACUCGACCUCUCCAGGAACCGCCUCGGCGGCGGCGUGCCCUCCCCGUUGCCGCCCUCCCUCGAGCACCUCAAUCUCAGCCACAACGUGCUGCAGGGGCCGGUGCCCCCAGCGCUGGGGUCACUGCACCGCCUCCAGAAGCUCAGUCUCAGCUACAACAACCUCACCGGAGCAAUCCCUGCCUCCCUUGGCAACCUCACCUCCCUCACCAUCCUCGGCCUCGCCAACAACAACCUUGCCGGCGCCAUCCCUGGCGCUCUCGGCAACCUCAAAGCUCUCACCGGCCUCUACCUCUCCAGCAAUAACCUCACCGGAGCAAUCCCUGCCUCCCUUGGCAACCUCACCUCCCUCACCAUCCUCGGCCUCGCCAGCAACAACCUCGCCGACGCCAUCCCUGGCAGUCUCGGCAACCUCAAAGCUCUCACCGGCCUCUACCUCAACCAGAACAUGCUCCAAGGAUCCAUACCUUCCGCCAUGUUUAACAUCUCCUCUCUCCAGGAUCUUAACGUGCAGUUCAACAACCUCACCGGAGCAAUCCCUGCCUCCCUUGGCAACCUCACCUCCCUCACCAUCCUCAGCCUCACCAGCAACAACCUUGCCGGCGCCAUCCCUGGCGCUCUCGGCAACCUCGAAGCUCUCACCGACCUCUACCUCGCCCGCAACAACCUCACCGGAGCAAUCCCUGCCUCCCUUGGCAACCUCACCUCCCUCACCAUCCUCAGCCUCGCCAGCAACAACCUCAAUAACCUCACCGGAGCAAUCCCUGCCUCCCUUGGCAACCUCACCUCCCUCACCAUCCUCGGCCUCGCCAACAACAACCUCGCCGACGCCAUCCCUGGCAGUCUCGGCAACCUCAAAGCUCUCACCGGCCUCUACCUCAACCAGAACAUGCUCCAAGGAUCCAUACCUUCCGCCAUGUUUAACAUCUCCUCUCUCCAGGAUCUUAACGUGCAGUUCAACAACCUCACCGGAGCAAUCCCUGCCUCCCUUGGCAACCUCACCUCCCUCACCAUCCUCAGCCUCACCAGCAACAACCUCGCCGGCGCCAUUCCUAGCGCUCUCGGCAACCUCGAAGCUCUCACCGGCCUCUACCUCGGCUUCAACAUGCUCCAAGGAUCCAUACCUUCCACCCUGGGCAACCUCAAAGCUCUCACCGGCCUCUUCCUUCACUACAACAUGCUCCAAGGAUCCAUACCUUCCGCCGUGUUUAACAUCUCCUCUCUCCAAAAACUUGACGUGCAGAUGAACAACCUCACCGGGACUCUGCCCCCGAACGCCGGUGGCAGGCUGCCCAGACUCACGUGGUUCGCCGUUAACAACAACCGGCUACACGGUACCAUCCCGCCGUCGCUCUGCAACGCCUCCAAGCUGGAGUUGGCGCAGAUGUCAGAUAAUUCCUUCUCCGGAGUCAUACCGAACUGCCUUGGAACUCACCUCAAGAACUUGUGGGCACUGAGACUGGACUCCAACAAGCUGGAAGCAAAUGUUGAUGCUGACUGGGGAUUCAUGGAUAGUCUGACCAACUGCAGCAAUCUGAAGGUCAUUGACUUGGCUAGAAACAAGCUGGGAGGUAUGCUUCCUGGCUCGAUCGCAAACCUUUCGACGAGCAUGGAGUACUUGAGCAUAAGUAACAACAUGGUAAGUGGGCAAAUACCUCAAGAAAUCGGCAACCUUGUCAACUUGAAGAGAAUUUAUAUGGAUCGCAAUAACCUUACUGGUAUUAUCCCUUAACAAGCUGGGCAACCUUCUCUUGUUCGGCAACAAGCUAUCAGGGCAAAUCCCACCAACAAUUGGCAAUCUCACCGUGCUCACCUCACUAUUCCUUGAGGACAACAUGCUCACGGGUCCCAUUCCUUCCAGUCUUGGUAGUUGCCCUUUGCAGUCGCUGUCCCUGGAGCACAAUCGCCUUACUGGUCCAAUACCAAAAGAAAUUCUCCUCAUAUCCACGCUUUCCGACUACGCGACUUUCCAAGAGAACAUGCUAACUGGAUCGUUGCCAUCGGAAGUUGGUCACCUGAAAAAUCUUGUGACCCUUGAUGUAUCUGGAAAUAGGUUAACCGGGGAAAUCCCCAACUCUCUUGGCGAUUGCCAAAUCUUACAGUCUUGCAGUAUGAAAGGGAACAUGUUUUAAGGGAAAAUUUCAGAGUCAUUGGGACAACCGAAGGCCCUCUUGGUUCUUGAUCUUUCAAGAAGUUGGUCACGUGAAAGGUCUUGAACAACUGCAUAUCUCCUUUAAUAACUUUGAUGGUGAAGUC